GUGAUGAAGCAUUUGCCAUGAGAAAGCAGAGCUCUCAUACUUGUUGAGCCUCCAUCCAACCACCAGCCUCAGCUCUGAAGUGGCUCCUCCAGCCUCAAUUCAAAUGUCUAUUUCUGUGUAAAGUCAGCUAAACAAGUACACUGUGACGUCUGGAGAAGUUUUUAACAGAUGCUGUGGACUUCAGAGUGGAAAAGAUGGACCUUCUUACAGUGCAGGUCCUGCUGACAUGGAUCUUUUGUCUGUUCAACGGUGUCUUGAGCUCAGAUGAAGAGACCCGGCUGGUGAAGACUCUUUUCACUGGUUACAACAAGGUUGUUCGUCCUGUUAACCACUCCAAACAGCCUGUGAAUGUCACAGUGGGCCUGCAGCUGAUCCAGCUGAUCAGCGUGGAUGAAGUGAAUCAAAUUGUAACAACUAAUGUCCGCGUAAAACAGCAAUGGACAGAUGUGAAUCUGAAUUGGAAUCCAGACGACUACAGAGGCAUCAAAAAGAUCAGGGUUCCCUCCACCGACAUCUGGAAACCUGACUUGGUUUUAUACAACAAUGCUGAUGGAGACUUUGGGAUCGUCCAUGAAACUAAAGUCCUGCUGGAGUACUCUGGCAAGAUUACAUGGAACCCUCCAGCCAUCUUCAAGAGCUACUGUGAAAUCAUUGUCCUGCACUUCCCAUUUGACCUGCAGAACUGCAGCAUGAAACUGGGGAUCUGGUCAUACAACGGCAGGCUGGUUGUCAUCGACCCAGAGAAUGACAGGCCAGACCUGAGUAACUUCAUGGAGUCUGGUGAAUGGGUUCUAAAGGACGCCCGGUGCUGGAAACACCAGGUUACCUACCAAUGCUGUGGUUCCACCCCUUAUCUGGACAUUACCUACCACUUCCUGAUGCUGCGGCUGCCACUCUACUUCAUUGUUAACGUAAUCAUUCCCUGCCUGCUCUUCUCCUUUCUCACCGGACUGGUCUUCUAUCUUCCUACAGAUUCAGGGGAGAAGAUGACUCUCUCCAUCUCCGUCCUGCUGUCUCUCACUGUCUUCCUCCUGGUCAUUGUGGAGCUGAUCCCUUCCACCUCCAGCGCCGUUCCGCUCAUCGGGAAGUACAUGCUCUUCACCAUGGUGUUUGUAAUCGCCUCCAUCAUCAUCACAGUCAUCGUCAUCAGCAUCCAUCACCGCUCACCAAGCACACAUACCAUGCCCCGGUGGAUCCGCAAGGUCUUCAUUGAAACCAUUCCCAACAUGAUGUUCUUUUCAACAAUGAAGCGUCCAGGUCAGGAGCUUCGUCAAAAAAGACUCUUCCCCAUCGACAUGGACAUCUCUGACAUCUCAGGCAAAGUCACCCCCCCCAGCGUUACCUACCAGUCCCCCAUCAUCAAGAUGCCCGAUGUCCGCAGUGCGAUUGAUGGCGUGAAGUACAUCGCUGACACCAUGAAGUCAGACGAGGAGUCCAAUAAUGCUGCAGAGGAGUGGAAGUUUGUUGCCAUGGUUUUGGACCACAUCCUGCUGUGCUUGUUCAUGGGCGUUUGCAUCAUCGGGACGGUGGCAGUCUUUGCUGGACGACUCAUUGAGCUCAACAUGUUGUAGAUCAGGGGUCCCCAAACUUUUUCUUGUGAGGGUCACAUAACUGAUUUCCUCUGAAGGGGGGCCGGGGAGAGUUUGUUGGAUAACAGAAAAAAAUAACACUCACAGGGUGUCUCUAAAUGUAAACAAUUGUGUUUUCCAGAGUGCUACACAUAACCAAAUUGAAUGUAUAUGCUUUUGUUUUUUCUUCCAGGUGAGAUGUGUGGACUGUAGAGAGAGAACGCUGUAUUCUGUUCUAUUUGGCAGGAUUUGUGGAUGUUCUGAUAGGGGCACAGACUGUGGAAAAGAGGAAUAAUGUCACUGUGUCUUGAUCAUGUGCCCAGAAUGAAAAGAAAAAAAAA